CUUUGCCCUGGUUGUCACAACUAUCAACACCGUUGUCAAUUUUGACUAAUUCUUAUCAGUAGCUUGUCAAAAUCUAAUAUCAAGUACGUAAACGUACCCCCCCCCCCCAUACACACUCUCUUUUUAUGAAUGGUUGAAUCCUCAUUAUCGCAUACAUAAAUAUACGCUGUGGUCUUUUGUCUACCAAAGAACAUUCUCUCUGUGUCAGUAGUAACUCAGUAUAAUUCUAAGAAAUAAUGGCAGAUAUUUCUGUGGAAGCUCCUCCGUCAUCUGGCGAUGCCAUGGACGGAGCACCGAAACCUAAAACAGCUGCCCAGCUGAAAAAAGAAGCCCAAAAGCAGGCUAAACUUGAGAAAUUCAAAGCUAAGCAAGAGAAAUUACAGGCCAAGAAAGAUGACAAUAGCGAGAAGAAAAAAGAAAAGAAGGUAAAAGACCGGGCCAUUAUAACCUAUGAUAUUCAAACGCCAAAGGGCGAGAAAAAAGAUACCAAAUGUCCUAUGCCAGAUGCAUACAGCCCACAGUAUGUGGAAGCUGCUUGGUAUGACUGGUGCGUUAAAUGUGGCUAUUUCAAGCCAGAAUAUGCUUUAUCUCAAAACAAAGGAGGUCCACCACCUGAAAAAUUCAUUAUGGUCAUUCCUCCACCAAAUGUAACUGGUUCCCUUCAUUUAGGCCAUGCUUUAACUAAUGCUGUUGAAGAUACCAUAACAAGAUGGCAUCGCAUGAACGGUAAAGCAACGCUGUGGAACCCUGGUUGUGACCAUGCAGGUAUUGCUACACAAGUUGUGGUGGAGAAGAAAAUUUUUAAAGAACAGGGUAUCACUCGACAUGAACUUGGUAGAGAAAACUUUCUAAAAGAAGUAUGGAAAUGGAAAAAUGAGAAAGGAGACAGAAUUUAUCACCAGCUGCGGAUGUUGGGUAGCUCUCUGGAUUGGGACCGCGCUUGUUUUACCAUGGACCCUAAAUUGUGCCGUGCUGUCACUGAAGCCUUUGUCCGUUUGCAUCAAAAGAAAUUGAUUUAUCGCAGUGUCAGACUUGUAAAUUGGUCUUGUUCUUUGAAUUCUGCUAUUUCAGAUAUUGAGGUAGAUAAAAAAGAAAUAAGUGGACGUACUUUCCUUGCUGUACCUAACUAUAAAGACAAAGUUGAAUUUGGAGUUCUUGUCUCAUUUGCCUAUCCUGUAGUAGACUCAGAUGAAAAAAUAAUUGUUGCUACAACACGUGUUGAAACAAUGCUGGGAGACACAGCAGUUGCUGUCCACCCUGAUGAUGAACGUUACAAACACCUUCAUGGGAAAUUUGUCCAGCAUCCAUUUCUUGAAAGACGCCUUCCAAUUGUAUGUGAUGACUUUGUUGAUCGAGAGUUCGGAACAGGUGCUGUAAAAAUCACACCAGCCCAUGAUCACAAUGAUUAUGAAGUUGGUAAACGACACAGUCUCCCAUUUGUGACCAUUAUAGACGAAGAAGGAAACAUAACAAAUGAUUGUGGACAAUUUUCAGGCAUGAAACGAUUCGAUGCUAGAAAAGCAGUGACACAAGCUUUGAAAGAUAAAGGCCUCUAUGAAGGUUCUGUUGACAACCCCAUGGUUGUACCAACAUGCAGUCGUUCAAAAGAUAUUAUAGAACCCCUUCUAAAACCACAGUGGUAUGUUGAUCUCAAAGACAUGGCUGCUCAAGCUGUUAAAGAUGUCAAAGAAGGCAAUCUGAAGAUUAUACCUGAUAUGCAUAAAAAAACUUGGUAUCGUUGGUUAGAGGAUUCAAGGGAUUGGUGCAUAUCUCGGCAGUUGUGGUGGGGACAUAGAAUCCCAGCUUAUUUUGUCACAGUUAAUGAUCCCAAUGUACCAGAAGGCUUGGGUACUGAUGAUAAGUACUGGGUGAGCGGUCGCACUGAAGAUGAAGCUAAGCAAAAUGCUGCAGAACGUUUCAAUGUAUCUGUGGAGAAGAUUUCUCUUAAACAAGAUGAAGAUGUACUCGACACCUGGUUUUCAUCUGGUAUUUUCCCAUUCUCCAUAUUUGGUUGGCCAGAUGAGACACCUGAUCUCCAAGCCUAUUAUCCUGGUACUUUGUUGGAAACUGGACAUGAUAUCUUGUUCUUCUGGGUUGCUCGUAUGGUGAUGAUGGGUAAUGCACUCCUUGGAAAACUACCAUUCAAAGAGGUAUACCUUCAUGCUAUGGUUCGUGAUGCUCAUGGACGUAAAAUGAGCAAAUCUCUUGGCAAUGUUAUUGAUCCUUUGGAUGUUAUUACUGGAAUCAGUCUUCAGGGUCUCCAUGAUCGACUGAAAGACAGUAAUUUGGAGGAAAAAGAAGUUUCAAAGGCCAAGUCUGGUCAGAAAGCUGAUUACCCUCAAGGUAUUCCUGAAUGUGGUACUGAUGCUUUAAGGUUUGCCCUUGUGUCAUACACUUCUCAAGGGCGCGACAUUAAUUUAGAUGUUUUGAGAGUUCAAGGUUAUCGCUUCUUCUGCAAUAAACUUUGGAAUGUAACCAAAUUUGCAUUGUCAGCUCUUGGAGAAAGUUUUGUACCAUCACCUGUAAAAGAGAAUCAAGGAAGUCUUAUGGACAAAUGGAUAUUGAGUCGUCUUUCAGAAGCUGUUAUAUUGUCAACAUCUGGAUUUGAGAAUUAUGACUUCCCAACUGUUACCACUGCUAUUUACAAUUUCUGGUUGUAUGAGCUUUGUGAUUGGUAUGUGGAAAGCAUAAAACCAAUUUUAUAUGGAUCAGAUGAUGAAGCUAAAACUAUUACAAGCAAUAUUCUUUUUACGUGUCUUGAUGUUGGUUUAAGACUUCUCCACCCAAUUAUGCCAUAUGUUACUGAAGAAUUAUUUCAAAGAUUACCUGGAGAAAACAAGAAAGAUAAGACAAGUAUUUGUGUACAUCCUUAUCCUACGACAAAAGAAUGUGACUACCGGUAUCCAGAUAUUGAGAAGAAUGUAGAGUUUAUGCAGUCUGUUGUAAAGAGUGUCAGAUCAAUGAGGGCUGACUAUAAUUUGACUAAGACAAAAGCUGAUGUUUACCUAAAGUGUUCCGAUGAAGAAAGUGCCAAUAUUUUGAAAUCGUUUGUUGACAUUAUUGCCAACCUGGCCUCAAGUGAUAAUGUAAAUAUACUUAUCAACCAAGAACCUCCAACUGGUUGUGCCAUGAUUACCGUAUCAGCCAAAUGCGAAACUCACUUAAUGCUAAAGGGUCUUAUUGAUAUUAACAAAGAAAUCUCUAAGCUGGAAGGCAAGAAAGAGAAACUUAAUUCUCAACUAAACAAACUAAAUGAAAGUAUUCAGAAACCUGAUUAUGAAACAAAAGUUCCAGAAGAAGUUAGGAAACAAAAUACUUCAAAGGUGUCUGAACUCUCUGCUGAAGUUGAAAAACUGACAAAAGGGAUUAGUGCACUGAUGACAAUGCAGUAAGCUGCUUUUUCUGGUCUUGGGUCCUGGAAAUAUUUCUACUUUUCUAAUGACAUGACAAAGCUUAAUCAUAAACAAUCAUUCAGGAAGAAAAAUUUGAAGAAGAUAUUCUAUUGCUUUUCAUUGUCUAGUAUGGCAAUCAUUUUUGGUUUAUGGACACAAAAACUGUUAUAAUUUGAAAUUACUUUCAUACACCCAAGUACUGCUUAAACAAAUAUAUUCACUCCUACCAACUUGUUUCAAAAGUAACUCUCACAUAUUUUAAAUUAACUCAUUUUAAUUUUAUUU